AUGGACAUGCCCAACCAAAUGUGGCGCGUCCCAUGCUCGAUGCUACUCCGCCGGGCCGCCCUGGAUAGCAGCCGCUGGGGGUCACACGACAUGGCCUGCAACGAGCAGCGCGCCCAGGGCCCCAGCUGGCGCACGCCAUUCGGCCGAGACUGCGAGACCCUGCAGAUCCAUCCACGGAGCAAGGUGCAGGGAGGGAGGGAGGGAUGGAAAAACACCGACGGCGAACGACGGAGGGGCGGAAGGAAAGGGAAAACUGGCGUGCCACCGACGGCGCUCCCGCGGCACAAGCUGUGGCACCCUCCAGCCGGCCGGGUCUGCAAGGUGCUGCGGCUCCACCAGGGGGAGGGAGGGAGGGAGGGACACCGACGGCGGACGACGGAGGGGAGGGAGGGGAAACGGCCUGUCACCACCGGCGCGCGCAAGGCCACUGCUGGCACGCGCCGGCUGGCCUGGAUUGCCAGACGCCGCGGCACCGCGGAGGAAGGAGGGAGGAAGGUAGGGAGGGACGACCAGACGGCGGAGGGGGGAAAAAGGUAG